AACUUUCCUUUUCCCUCUCCCACUUGCCAUGUUAACCUCAAAAGUCGACCGUUGAGAGAGUGAAGUGAAGCUUACCGUCUUCAUACAGAAAAAGACAGAACUCAGAGAUUGCCAACUAUGGGAACCAGAAAAUCACAAUCUGCAGAAGAAUGCAACGGAAAUCCUACUCCAGAAAUCAACGAUGAUCAAACCCCAAAAAUGUCACUGUAUGAGAAAUCAAGAGAAGAGAGAAUCAAAUCAAACUUUGAAAGAAUGCAGAAACUUGGUCUCUUUGACCUAUCUCAAAAGCUCAACUCUUCUGCAGCUCCUAAACGCACCCAAAGAAAUAACCCGUCACCAGCAAAACGUCCCUCUCCUCUUAAGUCACCUGGACCUCUUCGCCGCUCCUCUAGGUUGCACAAUGCUACUCCUGUUAGCUACUCGGAAGCGGUGUUAGCAAAGAAGGAUGGUUUAUUGGAAGAUGAAGAUGUGAGGCUAGAGGUGGGUUCAAAGCCAGAGGUUUACACAGAAGAGCAUGAGAAGCUUUUGGGAAGUACUGACAGGAGCUGGACAUUUUUUGUAGAUGGGUAUGGAAAAGAUGGAAAACGGAUUUAUGAUCAGGUUAAGGGAAAGACUUGCCAUCAAUGCAGGCAGAAAACUCUUGGUUAUCGUACCCACUGCAGCAAAUGCAAGAUGGUCCAAGGACAGUUUUGUGGAGAUUGUUUGUACAUGAGAUAUGGAGAACAUGUACUGGAAGCAAUAGAAAAUCCAAAUUGGAUAUGUCCCCCCUGUCGUGGAAUUUGCAACUGCAGUUUUUGCCGGCAAGCAAAAGGAUGGGCUCCUACCGGACCUCUUUACAAGAAGAUAUCACGAUUGGGUUACAAGUCAGUUGCACACUAUCUGAUCCAAACCCGACGCUCACAAAAUACAGUAGAAAAAGAAUUGGUGACUGCCAAUCAAGUUUCAGUGAAAAGGUAUCUGCCCUUUUCAGAGAUGGAAAAGCCAUCAAAGAUUACCAAUGAAGAAAUUAGGCCAUUAAUGCCUGAAUAUGAAGAGACAAUUCAUGAUGAGUUAAAGACUACGACUGAGCCGAAUAGCAAAAUUCUGGCCAGCAACUGUCAAACAAAGAGGUCAUUACCCUUUUCAGGCAGUGAAGAACGGUAUGACAAUAUGGAAUCUGUAGAGGUCAAUAAUGAGGAGCAUUAUCAUCCUGGAUUACCAGAAUCUAUGUUUAGAGAUGAGAGAGAAAGUGGUUUAAAGAUUGAGAAAAGAGAGCAACCGUCCUACAGUGGAAAUCUCCUUGUUCCGGAUGGUGAAGCAGUGCCUGAGAAGAUGGUAUCUACAAAGACCAAUGAGGAAGUUUAUGUCGAUUUUGGAUUGUCAAUGCCUAUAUUUGAAGGAAAAAGAGAGAAUGAGCUUAAAAGUGAGGAAGCAAUGCAAUUGCAAUCUACAGAGCAUGAUACUAUCCUUGAGAGCUUGAGGCUGGGACAGUUGAAAACCAAUGACCAUCUUGAUUCAGAAUUAAGUGGUAUAAAUGAGAAAAAUUCUGAUGUCAAGCAGUCUAUAAACAACUAUCUGCUCUCUAAUCAGGAGGUGAAGAAAGAGAAGGAAAUGCAUGUUGGGGAUGGCAAAAUUGCUGAUAGUACUUCUAAAGUGGAGAGUUGUGCAAAGCUUAAGAAGAAGACUGCAGCUACUGAACCAAAUUUGGACAGUAUUGGUGGAAGACUAAGACAGAGGCGUAGAGUGAACAAAGGCUAUGAUGGUGAAUUAUCAAUGGCAAAUGUGCAAAAUAUUCAGAUAUAGUGCAAGCUUUUUAACAGUAUCUCUCUCCUCAAUGACGGAAGCAGAAGUCAACAUGAACUGAAGACAGUUUGCUAGAAGAUUGAAGGCCAAGCAGGGAUACCAAAAGGAAGAUGAAGGGCUCUUUUGUUUCUGUAUUUUGUGUGUCAGGUAGGCUGAGUUGGGAACUUUUUUAGACACUACACUAGAUUUUGGUUUCAGGCCUUGUUUUAUUAGGCUGCAUUUUGGCAAAUUAGCAUUCCUUGAAUGCUCUCAAGUAGCGAGAAAUCCCUUCAUGUUUAGGUACCUUCUGUGUGAAUUAAAGACUUCAGGAUCUUAGUCUUGGUGAUCUUCAAGUUAAUUAAUGAGGGGAUAACGAUUUGAACCAA